CCGGGCCCCAGCCGCGCCUUCCGCUCCCGGCCCGAGCUCACCCGCCGCCGCCGGGCCUGGCAGAGCCUGCAGCGGAGCCCACGAGAGUCAGCGCCAUGGCGGAGCAGACCUACUCGUGGGCCUAUUCCCUGGUGGAUUCCAGUCAGGUGUCUACAUUUCUGAUUUCCAUUCUGCUUAUAGUCUAUGGUAGUUUCAGGUCCCUUAACAUGGAUUUUGAAAAUCAAGAUAAGGAGAAAGACAAUAACAGUUCUUCUGGGUCUUUCAAUGGCAACAGCACCAAUAAUAGCAUCCAAACUAUUGACUCCACCCAGGCACUGUUCCUCCCAAUUGGAGCAUCUGUCUCUCUCCUAGUAAUGUUCUUCUUCUUUGACUCAGUUCAAGUAGUUUUUACAAUAUGUACAGCAGUUCUUGCAACAAUAGCUUUUGCUUUUCUUCUUCUCCCAAUGUGCCAGUAUUUAACGAGGCCCUGUUCACCUCAGAACAAGAUUUCCUUCGGUUGCUGUGGGCGUUUCACUGCUGCCGAGUUACUGUCAUUCUCUCUGUCUGUCAUGCUCGUCCUCAUCUGGGUUCUCACUGGCCACUGGCUUCUCAUGGAUGCCCUGGCCAUGGGUCUCUGUGUCGCCAUGAUCGCCUUCGUCCGCCUGCCCAGCCUCAAGGUUUCCUGCCUGCUUCUCUCAGGGCUUCUCAUCUAUGAUGUCUUCUGGGUGUUCUUCUCUGCCUACAUCUUCAAUAGCAACGUCAUGGUGAAGGUGGCCACACAGCCGGCUGACAACCCCCUUGACGUUCUAUCCCGGAAGCUCCACCUGGGGCCUAGCGUUGGACGUGAUGUUCCCCGCCUGUCCCUGCCAGGGAAACUGGUCUUCCCCAGCUCCACCGGCAGCCACUUCUCCAUGCUGGGCAUCGGGGACAUCGUGAUGCCAGGGCUCCUGCUGUGCUUUGUGCUACGUUACGACAACUACAAAAAGCAAGCCAGCAGUGACUCCUGCAGUGCCGCUGGGCCCGCCAACAUCUCCGGGCGAAUGCAGAAGGUCUCCUACUUCCACUGCACCCUCAUCGGUUAUUUUGUAGGUCUGCUCACUGCUACUGUGGCGUCUCGCAUUCACCGAGCAGCCCAGCCCGCCCUUCUCUACUUGGUGCCAUUUACCUUAUUGCCACUCCUCACGAUGGCCUACUUAAAGGGGGACUUACGGCGGAUGUGGUCUGAGCCAUUCCACUCCAAGUCCAGCAGCUCCCGCUUCCUGGAAGUAUGAUGGGCCCCAAGCAUGACCGGAGCGGCCAUCGGAGUCCUUGUCUGUCGACGCGUGGUUGUUUCCUCUUGAGCCGGCCUGGUGCUCGGAGACGCACCCAAGGACCUGGCGUGUGACUGGGUUUUGCGUGUGAGGGAGCUCGGUGCAGGAGCAAGGUGCUGGGCCCAGCCGUGCCGCCUCCUGUGCCGUUGCGGAGACGGCGCCUUCCUCCCCCGCUUUCAUGGGUCUGCGCCAGACUGUUAACCUGGGGGGAUGAAGAUGGAACUUUAACAGUGGCAACGGCAAGGAGGCAUUCUGUACCUUUUGAACACUAAAAGGACGAAAAGAAAAUAGUACAUUAACAAACGAAGUUUCUUCCGUGAACCCUCGAGAACUUUGGGACCAGUUUUCCUAAGGGGGCCUCAGUUUCAGAGAACUGAGACAGAAGCGCUUCUGUCGUUAUAUUCUUCUUUCCUUUUUUUGGAUUUAUUAAAUAUUUUCUGUGGUGUGAAGUGACUUCUUAAAUCCACAGACAUUGAGUGACUUACGGCAUACACCCGAGGACCGUCCCGCUGGCGUGGGGCCGCAGCUCGGUGCGUCCCGGGGCGGCUGCCGCCCCGCAGAGCCUGUGCAGUAAACGCCUGGACCCAGGACGCUCCUUUGGUUUGGUCCACGCAGCAACUAGGGUGAAAAGUUGCCACUUUUGCCCUCUUUUGCCCUCGCAGCUCCCCCGCGGGGUCAGCGCCCCGAAUCAGUGCAUGUGUUGCAGCGCAGCGUCUCGUGCUCUCCGAUCAUAGUCAUGUACUACUUGUAAAUACAUUUUUCUAUUUUCUA